AUGGCACUGAGUGAGAAUUGUAAAACCCAGCCCGCUAAAGAAACAGGGUCGGUGAAAAACCUGCCGUCUGAUGUUAUUGAACUAAACGUAGGGGGACAGGUAUACUACACUCGCCUCCCUACUUUAACAAGCAUCCCCAAUUCCUUACUGGGACGGUUAUUCUCCACCAAGAAGGGGUCCUCGAAUGAUUUGGCGCGGGACCUCCGGGGACGUUAUUUUAUCGACAGAGAUGGUUUUCUGUUCCGAUAUGUAUUGGAUUAUCUGAGAGAUAAGCAGGUCGUCCUACCGGACCACUUCCCGGAGAAAGGGAGGUUAAAACGGGAAGCAGAAUACUUUGAACUCCCCAAACUGGUCAAACUGUUGGCGUCCGAGGAAUCUAAACAGUUUCAGGACGACCCUUUUCACAGUGAUUUCGACGACGCGUCGCUAGGCAGCGACCAGAGGAUCUAUUCCUCCUACUCUCUGGACCGGAGGUAUGGAUACAUAACCGUCGGUUUCAAAGGCACGUGCGCGGCACCGGGGGUCAAGGACAGUCAGAUUGACUCCAAAUCCAAAAAAGUAGUACCCAGAAUCUUCAUCAGUGGAAGGAUCGGCCUCGCCAAAGAGGUGUUUGGAAACACCCUGAAUGAGAGCCGAGACGCGGACAGGCCUGUGGACAGGUACACCUCCCGGUUCUUCCUCCGGUUCCGUCACUUGGAGCGAGCCUUUGACAUGCUGUCUGAGAGCGGGUUCCACAUCGUUGCCUGUAACUCGUCGCUCACCGCCUCUUCCAUCAGCCAUUACGCACCUGAGAAAGUCUGGUCCAACUACACGCAGUACGUCUUCUACCGUAAGUGA